UAGCAGCUGUGUUGGUCCAGUACCCGUGUUGCGAGCGCAAGAUUUAACUAGCGUCAGCUCCAAUUUGACAAGGUCGCGUGUGCGCAAGGAACUGCCGUCACUGCUCCGAAGCGUGCUAAAUAUAUAUACGUAUACAUACGCCGCGCGCCACGGCGGCGAUAGAAAAUGGCGCCCCACGCAACAGACGUGAAGUUUCCCCGUAAGCAUGUCAUACUGUGCUGCCUAGUCUUAGACUCAUUUUCCACAUGCACCCAGUUUGUCAUUUGCGCGGCUGGCAUCAUGACCGUAUUCUUGGGAUACGGAUACACGCAGGAGCUCAUGUUUCACAUCGAAGGAUUCAAGCCGUACGGUUUCUACCUGACGUUUGUCCAGUUCGUGCUGUACAGCAUUUUUUCGUUCGUCGAGCGGAAAGCACGGAAGGAGAGCGGCCGCACAGCGCCCCUGCGAACUCACCUAUUACUAUCGGUGCUGACUGUGGGCACCAUCGGCCUCUCUAAUGCAUCCCUGGGUUACCUAAACUACCCGACCCAGGUUCUAUUUAAGUGCUGCAAACUAAUCCCGGUGCUGCUGGGUGGCGUACUCAUCCAAGGAAAGAAGUACAAGAGUCUUGACCUGCUAGCUGCUGUUCUCAUGAGCAUUGGACUGGCUGCCUUCAUCCUGACUGACAGCAAAAUAUCGCCAACAUUUUCAUUUAUAGGAGUUGCAAUGAUAUCAACAGCUCUACUUUUCGAUGCUAUCAUCGGCAAUGUGCAAGAGAAAGCAAUGAGGACCCACGGCACCCCAAACUCUGAAAUUAUGAUUUUCUCCUACUCCAUCGGUUCUGUGACCCUGUUUUUCAUCUUGGCUGCAAUGCAGAAUUUGAUCCCAGCUGUCGAGUUUUGGGCUCAGAAUCCGGUGGAGACUUAUGGCUAUGCCGCCAUAUUUUCACUCCUGGGCUAUUUUGGCGUCCAGUUGGUUCUAACGCUCAUCAGCAUAUCCGAUGCCUUUAUCACCGUGGUUGUCACCACUUGCCGCAAGGCCAUAUCCAUAAUUCUCUCAUUCAUGCUGUUUACCAAGCCAUUCUCGUUCCAGUACGUCUGGUCAGGCGCACUGGUGCUUCUGGGAGUGUACCUUCAUGCCUACAGCAAAAAGCUAGCAAAAAUGCCACUACUUCCCCUCGUCAACCGGGAGAGACAAUCUUCAUGACCAUGAUUGCAGUAGCCGAUAAUCAAAAUAUCUAGUCAAAGUGGUGUAAGUGACUGGUGCAUGAGCCGCAUACCCAUGGACUCGUGUUUUACGCUUCACAAUGCCGUGAUCUGCGUAGGAGCCCAAAUAUUAAGCAGAAGAUUUUAUUUACCGCAUGUCAUUCUUUUGUCCCUCUACAUGCUUUCACUGUCUGACAGUGCAUAGCUUAAUGAAAUGGAUGAUUUGGAUAAGAGGGGUCUGUUGUGUCUAGUCAUUUUCGUUAACCAAGGCCGCUGUGGAUUGUAGCCUCUGCAGAGGUUUUGGUUGUAGCCAGGGGCCGCGCUGGGCAAGUUUGCUAGCACAGUUGAAUGAAAUGCCAUGGAAUAAUAAUAGCUGCCAAUGGUUAGUCCUUACUGACAGCGUUGCAGGCUUUUCCCCUAACCUAUUGCAAGCAUAUACACAUCCUCUUGACAAAGGCUAUGUUGGAUGAAGAAAUACAUGGUAGUGAGAUCUACUCAAGAAAGAAAAUUUUAACGCGAAGCUUUCUUUACGUACCUUCCCAGACUUUUCCGACCAUGGCUGCUGUUACUGUCUUGCUAAAUAGGUCGCUCUUUAAAGAAAAUUUGAAUUACGUGCCGGAUGGUGAUAUCGUACCUCUGUCCCCCAGCACAGCAGCCAGAUUCUCUAACCAUUAAGCCACAAUUGCAUGAAUAUGUACUUCGUGGCAACACAAACUAGAUCUUUGAAAUGAUCGCCGCGUAUGUCACAUUGCGGUGCACGAGUGUGCACGCCAGUGUCCUUUAUGCCAUGUACACAAUAAUGAAAUAUGCAAGUUUAUGGUAUUUGACUAACUGCUUCAUGAAAGCUUUGCUUCACAUAGAUUCCAAGAUGUGCAUUCGAUCUGCAUAAUUCUUUUUUAUAUUAAUUUUAUUAAAGCAUGUUCUUUGUGGA